CGCAGUUUCAGAGCUCCGGAGGAGGAGGAGGAGCUGGAGGAGGACAGAGCUCUGCGGCUUUAUUCAUUCUCAUAGAGUAUUAUUGUCUUGCAAAUGCAUAGUCGAGUUUGUUGCUGAAAAUAAAUAAAAAAAAAAAAACAAAGAGAUGGCUCCGGGACGCUGGUUCGGUUCGGCUCUGGUUCUGGGUUUGUUUGUCGGAGUGUUUUCAGCUACACCGGACUCUGCAGAACAAAUCCCGCAAGGAGCUUCGACUUUAGCCUUCGUCUUCGAUGUGACCGGCUCCAUGUAUGACGACUUGGUGCAAGUUAUUGAAGGAGCCUCGAAGAUCCUGGAGACGUCCCUGAGCCGCCCGAAGCGGCCGCUCUACAACUUCGCCCUGGUGCCUUUCCACGACCCGGAGAUUGGGCCGGUCACUAUAACCACAGACCCCAAGAAGUUCCAGACAGAGCUGCAGGAGCUCUAUGUGCAGGGGGGCGGAGACUGUCCGGAGAUGAGCAUCGGGGCCAUCAAGAUUGCGCUGGAGAUCUCACUGCCCGGCUCCUUCAUUUACGUCUUCACAGACGCGCGAUCUAAAGACUACAGACUGAGCCACGAGGUCCUGCAGCUCAUCCAGCAGAAGCAGUCUCAGGUGGUGUUUGUGUUGACUGGUGACUGUGAUGACAGAUCACACAUUGGUUAUAAGGUGUAUGAGGAGAUCGCCUCCACCAGCUCAGGACAGGUGUUCCAUCUGGACAAGAAACAGGUCAAUGAGGUACUGAAAUGGGUGGAGGAAGCAGUGCAGUCAUCUAAAGUCCACCUCCUGUCCACUGAUCACUACGACGCGGUCAGCAACACGUGGAGGAUCCCCUUCGACCCCAGCCUGAAGGAGGUGACGGUCGCCCUGAGCGGUCCAGCCCCGAACAUCGAGAUACGCAACCCUCAGGGGAAACUGAUUGGGAACAAAGACGGACUGACGGAGUUGCUUCACAUCCCAAACUCAGCCAAGAUUCUCAACCUCAAAGACCCAGAGCCAGGCAUGUGGUCCAUAAAGACGAGCAGCGAGGGUCGGCACUCCGUCCGCAUCACUGGCCUAAGCACCAUCGACUUCCGAGCCGGAUUUUCCAGGAAGCACACGCUGGAUUUCAAGAUGACCUCCAGCAGGCCUGUAAAGGGCAUCCCCACCUUCAUCCUGCUAAACACAACAGGACUGUCCCAUCCUGCCCGCGCCGAUCAGCUGGAGCUCCUGAGCAUCACCGGUGGCGUGAUCAAGACCCUGCCCAUUCGCUACUUUCCUGAACGCAAGCCUUACGGUAUCUGGAACAUUACAGACUUCAUGCCACCCAACGAAGCCUUCUUCCUCAAGGUGACCGGCUACGACCGCGACGGCUUCCUCUUCCAGAGAGUCUCCAGCGUCUCUUUCUUCAGCAUCGUACCAGGCACACCAAAAGUCAGUAUGCCCUCCACUACGCCGGGUUACUACUUGAAGAAGGGUGCACUCACGUGCCAGGUCGAGAGUUUGAUCCCUUUCACCCUACGCUUCAGCCGGGAGGGCGAGAGCCUGGGUGUGGACCAAGUCUUCAGCGAGUCUUCCAACGUGUCAUGGGAGAUAGCUAAGGUGACUCUUAAUGAUGAAGGCUUCUACGACUGCGUCGCCGUCAGCAGCGCCGGAACCGGACAAGCACGGACAUUUCUGGACGUUUCUGAGCCUCCACCGGAUAUCACCGUGCCUUUCAACGUGACGGCGGCGCCAGGUUCGACCGCGUUGCUGACCUGCGUGGUGGCCAGCACCGUCCGGUUUAACCUGACCUGGCAGCGCGGCGGCGUGGACGUCCGGCCGGGCGCGCGGUCUCACCUCACCUCCAACCUCUCGCUGGAGAUCCAGCGCGUGGCGGCGGACGAUGCUGGCUGGUACAACUGCAUCGCCGCCAACGAGGGCGGGGUUUCAGUCUCUCGCGUCCACCUCAGCGUGCAGUCUCGGCCGAUAGUGACGGUGAACCCGCCGAACCAGACCUUUAGUGCGGGAGACGAGGUGCGGCUCAGGUGCUCGGCUAAAGGCCAUCCUACUCCUACAGUGGUCUGGACCUACAACGACAUGUUCAUCAUUGGCUCCAGUAGGCACAGAAUGAUCCCAGAUGGUACACUGGUCAUCAGGAGCACUGUGCAGAAGGACGCAGGGGUAUAUGGAUGUCUGGCCAGCAACGUAGCGGGGACAGAGUCAAAGACCGCCAUCCUCACCUACAUCGAGUCUCCGCAGGUGACGGCACCGAAGAGUAGGCUGCUGGUCGGCUUGGGACAGACCGCUGUCUUGGAGUGUGCAGUGACAGGAAUCCCACAGCCGGAGGUCUUGUGGUACAAAGGUGACAAGCAGGUGAAGAUGUCGAUGUUUGUAAAUAUGGAUCUGAACGGCGGCACUUUGAGCAUUCAGCAGAUCGAAGCGGCCGAUGCCGGAGACUACAUCUGUGUGGCGGUGAACCUGGCAGGGACCGCGCAGGCCAAGAUCAGGCUGGACGUUGGCUCCGUUCCUCAGUUCACGAGGCAGCCCUCCAACGUGGCCGCAGACAUCGGCUCUAACAUCACCCUGGCAUGCCACGCCCAGGGCUACCCUGACCCGCGUGUCACCUGGAGACGAGAGGACAACACCGCCCUUUUCUCCCGUCGCCAUGGACACAGCUCUGUCACUCAAAAGAGAGACGGAGAACUGCAGAUAACGAAUUUGUGGGUUGAAGAUGGGACCACUUACGUGUGUGAAGCUCAAAACCAGUUUGGCAAAAUCCAGGCCAAAGUCCAAGUGACAGUCACAGGACUGGUCACCCCUGUGAUAGCGCUGAGCCCUGCAGAGGUCAGCGUAAUCGAGGAGCAGCAGGUCACGCUACCGUGUGUCCUGCUAGCCGGAAACCCGCUGCCUGUGAGGCGCUGGCUCCACGACAACACCCUGGUGACCUCAGGGCCGUACGUGAGUAUCCGGCGCGACGGCAGUCUGCAUAUAGAGAGAGUUGGCGUGCGGGAUAAGGGGCGGUAUACGUGCGUGGCGGAAAACUUCGCAGGAGCGAGCAAUCGCACCACGACCGUCAACGUAUACGUGAUGCCCACUAUUCAACACGGCCCUCAAGUCUUCAGUACCAUAGAGGGAAAGCCCAUUUCUUUGCCAUGUCGCGCCAAUGGAGUGCCCAAACCAGAUAUUACAUGGGCUAAGCAGGGAGAGCUGCUGGAUCUGAGCAGCGGUGCGUUCUUUCUGGAGGAGGAAGGCAGUCUGCACAUCGCGUCGCCUGGGAGGAACGAGUCCGGGGAGUUUGUCUGCACAGCCACCAAUGCGGCUGGAUACAGCUCCAGAAAGGUCCAACUCACUGUCUACGUGAGACCCAGGCUAAGUGGUGGUGGAGCUGGAGAUCAGUCAGGAUCAAGAGACCCAUUAGACAUGUCAGUGACGGUGGGUGAUGAUGUCACUCUCCCCUGUGAUGUGCAGAGCGUCCCACCCCCCAUCAUCACCUGGGCCAAAGACAAGCAGUUCAUCUCCCCUCAUUCCCCCAGACACAUUCAGCUACCCUCAGGCUCCAUGAAGAUCACAGAGGCACGUGUGACAGACAGCGGCACAUACCUGUGUGUGGCCACCAACAUCGCUGGCAACUUCAGCCAGGCAAUCAGACUCAGCGUCUUCGUGCCUCCUCGUAUCCUGCCGGGUCCACGUGUGAUGAAGGUCCAGGUGGAGCAUUCCAUAGACCUGCCCUGUGUGGCCCAGGGAGUCCCCCAACCCUCAGUCAGCUGGAAGAAGCACAACACCACCCUGGUGCCUGACGGGACUCAAUACAGUCUCUCCCCAGAUGGAACGCUGACUGUCCUACAGGUGGCACUAACGGACGAGGGAGUUUACGGUUGCGUGGCCAGCAAUGUGGCAGGACAGGACGAGGCCAGUAUCCAGCUGCAGGUACAAGUCCCCCCUGUAGUGGAGGUCUCCGAACCCCCCUUCAACAGUCCUCUUCAAGAGAGAGUUGCAAACCAGCGCAUCGCAUUUCCCUGCCCCGCCAAAGGUUUCCCUCAGCCAGUAAUUAAGUGGUUUAGGAACGGACAGGAGCUGACAGGGAACGAACCCGGGGUGUCUAUCUUGGAGGACGGCACCCUGCUCAUCCUGGCCUCGGUGUCACCUCUGGACAAUGGAGAAUACACCUGCACAGCCGCUAACGACGCCGGCAGCACAGAGAAGAAGUACCAACUCAAAGUUAACGUGCCCCCUGAUGUGCGCGAUGGCAGCCUGCCAUCAAACGUCUCAGUGGUGAUGAACCAGCCCGCCAGUUUGGUGUGUGAUGUCACCGGCACACCUCCACCGGUUAUCACAUGGUUUAAAGAUGGCGUACUGGUGGUUUCCAGCAGUAAUGUGCAGAUCCUGCAGAGAGGGAAGAUGCUAAGAUUGCUUAAGGCUGGUACAGCAGACUCAGGCCACUACACAUGCAAAGCCAUCAAUGUCGCAGGAAAUACAGAGAAGGACUUUCAUCUAGACGUCCUGGUUCCUCCUAGUAUCAUAGGAAGCGGUGGGUCACGUGACCUCCACGGUCUUCUGAAUCAAGAGAUCAACUUGGAGUGCAAGGUCAAAGGUGUGCCCUUUCCCACAAUCCAGUGGUACAAAGACAGGAAGCUGUUGUUUCUGGGAGAUCCCAACAUCGAAGUGCUGGAUGAUGGCCAGGUGUUAAAAAUAAAGAGCGCCCGAUUAGGAGAUCAGGCGCGCUACCAGUGUGGCGUCACCAACUCUGCAGGAAAGCAGUCCAGAGACUUUAACCUCAGUGUCUACGUACCACCCAGUAUAAAGGGAGGGAACGUGACCUCAGAGGUAACGGCUCUUCUGCAUAACCCAGUCACUCUGGAGUGUGAGGUGCGCGGUGUGCCCCUUCCCGCCAUCACCUGGUAUAAGAACGGCGAAACAAUUCUGUCCAGCAGGCAGACACAGUAUGUAGACCGUGGUCACUUCCUGAAGAUCUCCCGAGUGCAGGUCUCAGACGGCGGACACUAUAUCUGCAGGGUCACCAGCGUGGCUGGAACGGCUGACAAGGCCUAUGAGUUGGACGUCUACGUUCCUCCCUCCAUUUCCGGAGGUGUAGAUGGACCAUUGGAGAAGACAGUAGCAGUCGGUAAAACUCUGGUGCUGGAGUGCGAUGCAGCUGGUCAUCCUCCGCCCUCGCUCACCUGGAUAAAGGACGGAUCUCCUGUUAAAACUGGGGAAAACCUGCGGAUUCUCAAACAGGGUCGCAAGAUGGAGAUCGCCAGCGCACUACCUUCCGAUUCUGGCCUGUAUGUCUGCGUAGCAACCAGCAUUGCAGGGGAGAUGGAGAUCAAGUACGAUGUCGGCGUUUUAGUGCCACCCACAGUAGACGGAGCAGAUAAGGUUACGGAUGCGACUGUCAUCAUUAAUAAUGUUCUUGAACUUGAGUGCCAUGCCACUGGUAUUCCUACACCAACCAUCACGUGGUUUAAAGACGGCGGGCCAGUAAAGCAGGGAGAAGGGGUGAGAAUUUUGGCGAAAGGUCAUCGUCUGGUCAUCUCACGUGCCCAGGUCUCAGACACAGCCCUGUUCCAGUGUGUGGCCUCGAACGAAGCAGGAGAGCAAGAAAGAGAUUUUAAAGUAGCAGUCCAUGUUCCACCAUCGAUCCGUUCUAGCGGUGCUGCUGAGCGGUCGGUGGUGCUCCACAGUCCCGUAAGCCUCCAGUGUGUGGUCAGCGGCGUCCCAGCUCCCGGCAUCACCUGGCUCAAAGAUGGGCGUCCUGUUGAUGCCACUCAGGGAUUGCUUAAGCUGGAAUCUGGAGGAAAAGUUUUACACAUUAAGGAAGCCAGAGUAGAGGAUGCAGGCAAAUACACGUGUGUGGCAACCAACGCUGCAGGGGAGGCCCAGCAGAACAUUCGCCUCAGUGUGCAUGAACCCCCUGUCAUCCAGUUUGCUGGAGAGACUGUCAAUCAAACCAUCCUGGCAGGAUACCAAAUCCAGAUGCAGUGUAAAGCCACAGGAAGUCCAGUUCCAGCUAUGACAUGGUAUAAGGACAGCCGGCCGCUGACCAGUGCAGCAGGGGUGAGCAUCCUGAACCGAGGCCAAGUGCUGGAGAUCGACCGCGCUCAGGUGUCAGACGCCGGACUCUACAAGUGCGUGGCGGUCAACGUGGCCGGCACGGCGGAACUCACACUCAGCCUGCAGGUUUACGUGCCACCCUCUAUCUCCAGUAAAGGUGGCGUGGUGACAGUGGUGGUGAAUGAUCCUAUCAAGCUGGAGUGUGAAGCCUCAGGUCUGCCAGUGCCCAGUCUCACGUGGCUGAAAGAGGGCAGCCCGGUCUCCAGCUCCUCCAACGGCAUCCAGCUGUUGGCCGGAGGCAAGAUGCUGUCUUUCAGGAGUGCUCAGGUGAGCGAUGCAGGUCAUUACACCUGUGUGGCGGUGAAUGCAGGUGGAGAGCAGCAGAAAGAGUAUGAUCUGCACGUCUACGUACCCCCUAAUAUCAUGGGCGAAGAAGUGAACAGCACAGUCCUGAUUGGCCGUUCAGUGGAGCUGCGUUGCCAGAGUGACGCCAUUCCCCCUCCCACUCUAAGCUGGCGCAAAGAUGGACGUCCGCUCUACAGGAGGCCGGGACUGAGCGUGUCUCAGGAUGGUAGUGUACUACAGAUUACGAGCGCUCAGAUACAGGACACGGGCAGGUACACUUGCGAGGCCACCAACGUUGCAGGAAAAACAGAGAAGUACUACAAUCUUAAUGUUUGGGUUCCCCCGAGUAUCCGUGGCUCUGAUGAAGUCACUCCUCUGACGGUGACAGUGGGCAGCCUCAUCACUCUGGUCUGUGAGUCGAGUGGGAUCCCUCCUCCAAGUCUAACGUGGAAGAAAAAUGGUUCGGAACUACAGGCAGAUUCACGUGUGCGCGUGUUGUCCGGAGGACGACAGCUGCAGAUCACCAGUGCGGAGAGGGCCGAUGCGGCGUCCUACACCUGCCAAGCCUCCAGCGUCACCGGCACUGCUGUCAAGGAGUACACCCUGCAAAUCUAUGUUCGUCCCACCAUCAGCCCGUCAGGCAGUGGGAAAGGUGACGUGACGGUGGUGCGGGGAGGAGACGUCACCCUGCAGUGCGAGGCUGACGGCGUGCCCAGACCUGCCAUCACCUGGCUGAAAGAUGGUAGACCUUUGGGAACCGGCUCUGGGGUUCAGAUCCUCAGCGACGGCCGACUCCUCCGCAUCAGAAACGCCCAGGUGGUCCACACUGGCCGGUACACCUGCAUCGCCGUCAAUGUGGCCGGACAGGAUGAGAGCAAACAUGACGUUACUGUUCAUGUUCCAGCAAGCAUUAGCGGGAACACACACGGGACCGAGAACAUAACGGUGGUCGCGAGGAAUCCAGUGGCCCUCGUGUGCGAAGCGUCUGGCAUCCCCCUACCUGUCAUAACCUGGUUGAAAGAUGGCCGUCCGAUCAGCAUGUCCGGCUCUGUCCGGGUCAUCUCAGGUGGGCGGAGUCUGCGUUUGAUGCAUGCCACGGCGGAGGAUGCUGGAAGGUACAGCUGUAUUGCAUCCAACACUGCUGGAGAAGACAGGAAGAACUUUGACCUGGAUGUAUUGGUUCCUCCAAGCAUCGUAAAUGAGGGUGGGAUACAGGAUGUGAGGGUAAAGGACGGACAAAACAUCACCCUAAGCUGUGAGGUCACCGGGAACCCAGUGCCUGAGAUCACCUGGUUGAAGGACGGUCAGCCGGUGCUGGGCGAAGAGCGACUGGAAGUGAUGUCACACGGACGCUUCCUUCAUAUAAACAACGCACAAGUGCUCGACACGGGCAGGUACAGCUGUCUGGCCUCCAACAGUGCCGGAGACAGGAGCGCACACUACAAUCUCAACGUCCUGGUUACUCCAAUUAUCGCUGGCUCUGGGCCUGAGGGAGCUUCUGAGGAGGUGACUGUGACUCUGAACAGCCCCACAUCUCUGGUGUGUGAGGCUCAGUCGUACCCGCCAGCCAUCAUCACCUGGCUCAAAGACGGCACACCUUUCGAGUCCAGCCGCAACGUCCGUGUACUGCCAGGUGGACGCACGCUUCAGAUCCUGAAUGCACAAGAAGAGGAUGCUGGGAGAUACACGUGUGUGGCCACCAACGAGGCGGGGGAAACGCUAAAGAACUACGAGGUCAAGGUUUACAUUCCCCCGGUUAUCAGUAAGGACAGCAUACAAGGAGAAGGCUUCGCUCCGAAAGAGAUCAAAAUUAAAGUCAACAACACACUGACACUCGAGUGUGAAGCCCAGGCGAUCCCAAUCCCUACUCUACACUGGUACAAGGACGGCCAGAUCCUUAAGACAGAUGGACGCAUUACAGUGACGCCUAACGGCCGAAUAGUUCAGAUAAAGCAGGCUCAAGUGUCUGAUACGGGACGGUACACCUGCGUCGCUAGCAACAUCGCGGGCGAGGACGAAAAGGACUUUGAUGUAAAUAUACAAGUUCCCCCUAGUUUCCAGAGGAAUGGCGUGUCUGGCUCUGGUAUGGCCUCCGCUGGUGAGGUGAAGGAUGUCAUUCUGAAUAAUCCCAUCUCUCUGUACUGUGAGUCCAACGCCGUCCCGCCUCCCACUCUCACCUGGUACAAAGAUGGACAGCCGCUCAGCUCCAGCAGCAGAGUGCUCAUCCUCCCUGGGGGAAGAGUGCUACAGAUCCCCCGAGCUCAGACCGAGGACUCUGGAAGGUAUACGUGCGUGGCCGUUAACGAGGCUGGAGAAGACUCAGUACAGUAUGAUGUUAGAGUCCUGUUGCCUCCGUCUAUCCGUGGAGCUGACAGAGACGUCCCCGAUGACGUGACGGUGCUGGUGAACAAGUCCACGCUGCUGGAGUGCCACGUGGAUGGAAGCCCUACUCCUAAAAUCAGAUGGCUGAAAGAUGGCCUGCUUUUAAAUCCAGACAGAACACACACUCUGCUGUCCAGCGGCAGGACGCUGCAGAUCUUGAAUGCGCAGGUGACCGACACUGGCCGCUAUGUGUGUGUGGCUGAAAAUGUGGCUGGAAGUGCUGAGAAAUACUUCAGUCUCAAUGUGCAUGUUCCUCCCUCCAUAGUGGGUGUAAAUGAGGAGAACGCCACAGUGGUAAUGAACAAUUUCGUCUCUCUGAGCUGCGAGGCCACCGGUUUCCCUCCUCCUACUCUCAGCUGGCUGAAAGACAGGAAACCUGUCCAGGCCAGCAGCAAUGCUCUGAUCAUGCCAGGCGGCCGUACAUUACAGAUUCUUAAAGCUAAAAUGUCUGAUGGUGGGAGGUUCACCUGUGUGGCAAUCAACCCCGCGGGAGAAACACAUAAGAUCAUCUACCUCACAGUUUUUGUUCCUCCCAGCAUCAGAGACAGCUCUGGCGACUCUCCUGUCACGAUCAGUGUGCGUGUGGGAAAGUCGGUCACUCUAGAGUGUCAGUCCAACGCCAUCCCCCCUCCCACAAUCACCUGGUACAAGAACGGACGUCCCGUCACUGAGUCCUCCAACCUUCACAUCCUUGCUGAUGGACAGGCUCUGGAAAUUAAAGGAACGGAGGUGUCUGAUACCGGCCUGUACGUCUGCAAGGCUAGCAACGUAGCGGGUCAAGUGGACAAGAACUUCCAUCUUAACAUCUAUGUGCCUCCAAGUAUUGAUGGCCCAGCGGAGGAACAUGUUGUGGAGACCAUCAGUAAUCCAGUAACUUUUGCCUGUGAUGCCUCGGGCAUCCCGUAUCCCAGCCUCACCUGGCUAAAGAAUGGCAGAGUAAUUGAGAAUUCUGAAUCUUUGGAGAUGCACAUCCUGUCAGGAGGUGGUAAGCUUCAGAUUGCUCGCUCACAGCUCUCCGAUAGUGGCACCUACACCUGCCUGGCCUCUAAUGCUGAAGGCAAAGCACAAAAGAGCUAUCAUCUCACCAUACAGGUGCCACCCAGCAUCACAGGAUCCGAGAUGCCCAGCGAGAUGAGUGUUCUACUGAAUGAUAGCAUCCAGCUGGUGUGCCAUGCAAAAGGCACUCCAGCCCCUACAAUUCAGUGGCUAAAGGAUGGGAAAGCAUUAAAUGGGACUGGCCUCAAAAAUAUCAGAAUCAGCCCUGAUGGGAGUACACUCACACUAACAGCCACCCAAACAACAGAUAGCGGCAAAUACACAUGCAUGGCCAGUAACAAGGCUGGUGAGGAGGACAGGAUCUUUAACCUUAACGUGUAUGUUCCUCCGGUGAUCCAGAGUAAUGGAGACACAGCUGAGGUGAUAACAACGGUUGUGGACAGCUCGGUAAGCAUCGAGUGUGUUGCCAGCGGUUCUCCUCCACCUCAGCUCAACUGGCUAAAAAACGGUCUGCCCCUGGCCGUGUCCUCACACCUACGCCCAGUGUCUGCUGGACAAGUCCUCCGCAUCGCUCGGGUUCAGGCGUCAGAUGGAGGUACUUACACUUGUGUGGCAUCCAACCGAGCAGGAGUGGACAACAGACACUACAACCUGCAGGUGUAUGUUCCUCCCAGUCUGGAUGGAGCAGGAAGUACCGAUGAUGUAACAUUGAUGAAAGGGAGCAUGGUCGCCCUGGUGUGUGUCUCCGACGGAACCCCGGACCCCUCCCUGGCCUGGAUGAAGGAGGGAACUGUGCUGCACAUGGACACCCACAGCGCCCUGCUGAACCACAACAGCACUUUGCAGAUCUCGCACAUCCAGGUCGACCAUACGGGACGCUACACCUGCGUCGCACGUAACCCGGCUGGAGAAGCACGACGCCACUUUAACCUCAAAGUGCUGGACCCCCCACGCAUAAAUGGUUCAGGAUUUCCCUCCGAAGUGUCAGUGGUGGUGAACCAUGUCCUAGAACUUGUUUGUGAGGCAGAGGGAAUCCCUCCACCCACGCUCACCUGGGUAAAAGAUGGCCGGCCGCUACCUCAGAUGGACAGUCUGAGCAUCCUUCGUGGAGGAGAAGUGCUCCGAAUCGCCUCUGCACAGGUCGAGGACACUGGAAGGUACAGCUGUGUGGCCACCAGCCCUGCAGGAGACGAUGACAAAGAGUUCCUGGUUAGAGUGCAUGUUCCACCCAACAUUGCUGGCGAGAGUGGUGUCCAGGACAUCUCGGUGCUUCAGAACAGACAGGUAACUUUGGAGUGUCGCUCAGAUGCUGUGCCACCCCCUACUCUGUCCUGGCUCAAAGAUGGAGCUCAAUUAAAGGCGUCUCCACGGGUACGUGUGCUAUCCAGCGGCCGCUACUUGCAGAUCAAUAAUGCAGAACUAGGAGACACUGGCCGCUACACGUGCCUGGCUAGCAAUGUCGCCGGGGAGACAAGACGACAUUUUAACCUCAGUGUAAAUGUUGCACCCACGAUAAAGGAAGGUCCUCAGGCUGUUUCUGUUCAUAUCAACAAGCCAGUUGUUUUGGAGUGUGUUGUUAGCGGAGUUCCUGCUCCACGUGUCACUUGGAGGAAACAUGGCUCUGUUCUUGCUGGAAGCAACCCCAGAUAUACGUUUGCUGAGGACGGCUCCCUCCGUAUACUCUCCGCCCAGUUGUCUGACACGGGCCAUUAUUUGUGCAUGGCCACUAACCUGGCAGGCACCCAGCGCAGAAGAGUUGAUCUGCAAGUGUAUGUGCCCCCGUCAAUUGCUGAGGGUCCAGCUAAUGUCACCGUGACGGUAAACAUUCAGACCACCCUGUCCUGUGAGGCUACAGGCAUUCCCAAACCCACUGUCACAUGGACCAAAGAUGCUCGCCCACUCAACACAGACCAGAACCAGAAUAUGUACAGGCAGCUGUCGUCAGGAUCUCUGGUAAUAAUCGCACCAACAGUACACGACGCAGCGCUGUACGAGUGUGUGGUGUCCAAUGAUGCCGGCCGGGACAGCCGAGCCAUCCAGCUCACGGUACAUGUGCCACCCGCCAUUGCCGAUGAGGCUACAGAAGUGCUGGUAAACAGACUGUCCCCGGUGGUGAUCGGCUGUACUGCAUCUGGAUUCCCGGCGCCUGUCCUUCACUGGAGCAAAGACGGCAUGCGUCUGUCCAAAGAAGGAGAGGGCUACAAGAUACUGCCCUCUGGAGCUCUUGAGAUAGCUGCUGCAGAAUUAACUCACACUGGCCGUUACUCGUGUGUGGCGAAGAACGCUGCAGGAUCGGCUCAUCGCUACGUACAGGUCGUUGUGCAAGAGCCACCAGUGAUCCAAGCUCACCCAUCAACGGUGGAUGUGAUUCUGAACAACCAUGUGACCCUGCCAUGUCGUGCCACUGGCACCCCACGCCCCACCAUCACCUGGCAAAAAGAAGGCAUUAAUAUUGUCACCACCGGAAGUGAUUUUAGUGUUCUGCCCAACGGCGAUCUGCAGAUCUCACAGGCCAAAGUGGAAGACACUGGUACCUAUAUGUGUGUGGCUCAGAAUCCAGCAGGCACCGCAGUGGGCAAGACCAAACUUAGGGUGCAAGUGCCUCCAGCUAUCAGUUCAAAGAUCAAGUCCUACACCGUGCCUGUGGACGGAUCGGUGACUCUGCAGUGCGAGACCGAAGGAUACCCGAUCCCGUCCGUUAGCUGGUACAAAGACGGGAAGCCACUGUCCGAGUCUGUACAUCAGCGUGUCCUCAGCUCUGGAUCUCUGCAUAUCGUUUUCGCCCAACCAGGAGACACAGGCAUAUACACCUGCACUGCAGCCAACGUUGCUGGAAGCCUCAGCCUGGAGAUGAGCGUCACUGUCCUGAUUCCUCCCACCAUCCGCAGAAGUGAACCAGAGCUGUCGGUGGUAGAAAACACUCGCCUGGUGUUGUCCUGUGCGGCUGAAGGAGUGCCUCACCCCACCUUGAGCUGGGAGAAAGAAGGCAUCACCCUCGCUGACACAACUGGAGCUUACACCAUCCUGUCCUCUGGGGAAUUGAUCCUGCAAAAUGCUCAGCCCGAGGAUGCUGGGAGUUACACCUGUGUGGCCACCAGUAGUGUCGGACAGGACAGUCAGACGUUCGAUCUGUCCGUGCACACACACCCAGCGUUUACAGAGACCCUGGGAGAUGUGGCUCUUAACAAGGGAGAGCGCCUGGUACUGGCCUGUGGAGCCACUGGCAUUCCUCCACCCAAAAUCACUUGGGCUUUCAACAAUAAUAUCAUCCCUGCUCAUUACAACCAUGUGAACGGCCAGAGUGAGCUGGUGAUCGAGCGCGUGAGUAAGGACGAUGCAGGGACGUACUCCUGUCUUGCAGAGAACCGAGUGGGAUCCGUCAAAUCUUUGGGUUUUGUCUACGUCAAAGAGCCUCCUAUAAUAGAUGGAGAUGUGCAUUCAAACCAUAUCGAACCUUUGGGUGGGAACGCCAUCCUGAACUGUGAGGUACGCGGAGACCCUCUGCCCACCAUCCAGUGGAGCAAGAAGGGCGUUAAUGUCCGCAUCAGCAACCGUAUCCGGCAGCUCGACAACGGCUCUCUGGCAAUCUAUGGCACUGUGAGUGAGGAUGCAGGUAGCUAUGUGUGUGUAGCUACGAAUGAUGCUGGAGUAGUGGAAAGGACAGUCACUCUUACCUUACAGAGUUCUCCAGUCUUUACAGUGGAGCCUGUGGACAUUGUAGCGGAUUCAGGUUCCAUCGUGGUGCUGAACUGCCAGGCACAGGGUGAGCCCACGCCCGUCAUCGAGUGGGCCCGGCAAGGGCGCCCGCUGCUGAGCAACGACCGCAUCACCACACUGUCCAACGGCUCCCUGCGGCUCAGCAGCGCUCAGAAAGAGGACACGGCCGAGUACGAGUGUGUGGCCCGCAACCUGUUGGGCUCGUCGCUAGUGCACGUGGCCCUCACAGUGCGCGUUCAUGGAGGCUUCUCUGAAUGGAUGGAAUGGGGUGCCUGCAGUGUGUCGUGUGGGACUGGAGUACAAAAGAGGCUGAGACGGUGCAACAACCCUCAGCCUGCCAACGGCGGCAGGCACUGCUCGGGCUCCGAAUUUGAGACCCGCAACUGCCAAGGAAAACCUUGCCCAGUGGAUGGUCAUUGGUCAGAAUGGACAGAAUGGGAGGAAUGCUCUCGUACCUGUGGUCAAGGGAACAGGACGAGGGUGCGAACCUGUAGCAAGCCUCCAGCCCAGCAUGGAGGCAGGACAUGCGAGGGUCGAGCCGUUGAGGUCAUCAUGUGCAGCAUCAGACCCUGUCCUGUGGCUGGAAACUGGGCGUCCUGGCUGCCGUGGAGCCCUUGCAGUGAAACAUGUGGCAAAGGCAUGCAGACCAGAAUCAGGCUGUGCAACAACCCCCCUCCAUCUUUCGGUGGACCGCCAUGCAGUGGAGCAGACACACAAACUCAAGUGUGCACUGAGAGGAACUGCCCUGUGGAUGGAAAAUGGUCCUCCUGGUUGAGCUGGGGUGCGUGCAGCGUUUCCUGUGGAGGUGGAAAUAGGCAAAGGACACGUCUCUGCGCAAGCCCCGCCCCCAAACACGGAGGAAGACAAUGUGAAGGAAAUGAUGUGCAUGUUGACUUCUGCAACAGUGACCCAUGCCCUGUUCACGGUAACUGGGGCCCCUGGAGCAGCUGGGGCACCUGCAGCCGGACUUGCAACGGAGGUCAAAUGCGACGUUACAGAACAUGUGACAAUCCUCGACCGGCCAGUGGGGGUAGAGCAUGCGCUGGGACUGACACAGAGAUCCAGAAAUGCAGCACGUUGAGUUGCCCUGUGGAUGGUAACUGGAGUCCAUGGCAGCCAUGGGGCGAAUGCUCAGCCUCCUGUGGGAUAGGAGAACGCACAAGGGUCCGUUUCUGUAACAAUCCAGCUCCCACCAACAAGGGUCGCCCCUGCCCAGGAGACCUCACCCAACUUUCCAGGUGCAACAUUCAGCCAUGUCCAGGUGGUCCUCAGAAGGCCAGGGGGAACAUCAUCGGCACCAUUAACGAUGUGGAGUUUGGCAUAGCCUUCCUCAAUGCAACCAUACUCAACAGUCCUGCAGGGGGGAGAGUGAUACAUGCUACGAUCACCAACAUUCCCAGGAGCUUGGGCCCUGGAAUGAGAAAACUGAUCUCAAUCUUGAAUCCCAUUUACUGGACCACAGCACAGGAGAUCGGCGAGGCAGUUAAUGGCUACACUCUUACAGAUGGCAUCUUCAGACGAGAGACCCAAGUGGAGUUUGCAACAGGGGAGAUUCUCAGGAUGACUCAUGUGGCACGAGGUGUAGACUCAGACGGCACUCUGCUGUUGGACAUCGUAGUGAACGGACACGUCCUCCAGCUGCCCUCAAACACACAUAUUGGUCUGAAGGACUACACGGAGGAUUAUAUUCAGACAGGUCCCGGGCAGCUGUACGCUCUGUCCACGCGUAUGUUCAGUGUCGACAGAGUAAGUGUGCCCUAUUCCUGGAACCAUACCAUUUUGUACGAGCCCUCCAAAGGAAAGAUGCCUUACCUGGUGCAGACAUUGCAUGCUUCUUCCAUCAGUGCGCAAUACCGCCCUCUAGAGGAGAUGCUGGAGUUCACGAUCUAUGCCAGCAUUUCCAAGGGUGAACGGAGCAACCAGUGUCCCAAUGGCUUUGUGCUGGACCCAGCAGGACCAUACUGUGCUGAUGAGAACGAGUGCGAGGAAGGCAGCCCAUGCUCCCAUUCCUGCCAUAAUGCUAUAGGCACAUACUACUGCUCCUGCCCUAGAGGACUCACAAUAUCCGCUGAUGGCAGGACAUGCCAGGAUAUCGACGAAUGCUCACUGGACGGGCAUAUGUGUCACGACGGACAAGACUGUGAAAACACUAUCGGCUCCUACCGUUGUGUGAUGCGUUGUGGGCGGGGUUUCAGGAGAACUGCGGAAGGCUUGAGCUGUUCAGAUAUUAAUGAGUGUCAAGAGUCCAACCCGUGCCACCAGCAUUGCCUUAACACCAUCGGGAGCUUCCGCUGUGCCUGUGAGCCAGGCUACCAGCUCAGGAACCGCCGCUGCAUCGACAUUAACGAGUGCAGGCAGAGAGUGUGCCGUUCAGACCAGCAGUGUAAAAACACGCGUGGCGGCUACACCUGCAUUGACCUCUGUCCUACUGGCAUGACCAAAGGAGUCAACGGGACAUGCAUCGACAUCGAUGAGUGUCGAGACGGCACGCACCAAUGCAGAUACAACCAGAUUUGUGAGAACACCAGGGGGAGCUAUCACUGCACCUGCCCCAGGGGCUACCGCUCUCAGGGUGUGGGUCUGCCCUGCAUUGACAUAAACGAGUGUGAGCGUGUCCCGAUGCCCUGUGCCUUCCAGUGUGUGAACAGCCCAGGUAGCUACACGUGCACGUGUCCUCCUGGCCGCCACUUGUUGGGGGAUGGGAAGUCCUGCGCUGGGUUGGAGCACUUGCCCAGAUUCGAAAGCCUCUCAUAUGGCUUCCACUCCUCACAGUCCUCACCUGAACGAAGCUCCUCGCAGCAGCGCUACCACAGCAUGACCUCUCAGAGCUAUCACUCUUACGCCACGAGAGGGGGGAACUACAGGCUCAACGCUCGGCCCUUACGCUCUCGUAGGGCCACUAAGACCCUAUGCCCGCUUGGUUUUGUUUCUAAUGGGGAUAAAUGCAUAGACAUCAAUGAGUGUGAGCAGAGGGACAUGUGCCAGCACGAGUGUCUAAACACACCAGGAAGCCACAGGUGUUUGUGUCCCAAUGGCUAUCGCCUCAUGACCAACGGCAAAACAUGCCAAGAUAUUGACGAAUGCUUGGAGCAAAAUAUUCAGUGUGGCACAAACAGAAUGUGCUUCAACAUGAGAGGCAGCUACCAGUGCAUCGACACGCCCUGUCCCCCGAACUACCAGCGAGACCCAGAGUCAGGCUUCUGCUUGAAGAACUGUCCUCCCAACGAUCUGGAGUGUGCGCUGAGCCCCUACGCGCUGGAGUACAAGCUGCUGUCCCUGCCCUUCGGCAUCGCCGCCAACCAGGACCUGAUCCGACUGGUGGCCUACACUCAGGACGGCGUGGUGCACCCCCGCACCAGCUUCCUGAUGGUGGACGAGGACACCACGCUCCCUUUCGCCCUGCGAGACGAAAACCUAAAAGGCGUCUUGUUCACCAUACGCCCUCUGCGUCAGCCGCACACCUACCGCAUGAAGGUCCGAGCCUUGUCUUAUAGCACUGACAGGACCAUCGAGUACCAGACCACCUUCAUUGUCUACAUUGCCGUCUCAGCUUAUCCCUACUGAUAGCACUUUACCACGUGAAUUGGGCAAGACUGAGUGCGAGUGCAUGUGUGUGUGAGCUGUAUGCAUGUGUGUGUGUGUCUUUAGUGAUAGAUCCACCACUUGAAGAUCGUUCUCGAGGCCUCAUAGAUUGAGGAGCUAAGGAAAUAGGACCUAGCAUUAACCCCUGGGGUACUCCAAAGACAGACUGCUUUACCUGUGGCUGGAUUCCAUGGUGAAGCCUGAAGGCUGUAGGUCGGAUGAAGCAGCUGAUCCAGUCCUGCCUCUUUGCCCAAUUACGUACAAGGACAAAGGAUGAUCGGACGCCAUACUUGUGAUCAAGAAAUACAAAAAAAGGACAAGGAUACGUGUAUGUCUACCUAUUAACUUAUUGGAAAGUGCUUGAAAACGAGGACGUGUGUGUACUGUAUGUGUGUGUGUGUGGUCAUUUACGUUGCGUAGUAGUGUUUGUCCAGAGACGUUCAGGGGUAAGCAACAUCAUUCCGAUCUCCUUAACUAGAAUUAAUAUCCAUCUCAGGUAAGCACCGCAUUCCAACUAUAAAGCAUUUUCAUAUAUCUAUCUAUUUUUAUUCUAUUCUAUGUACAGGAUUCGAGGUCAAAUUUUGCAACAGGCUUUUAUUACAGGUUUAUACACAAGUCCAUAAGUGCAUAAUAAAAGAUGUAUUCUAUUUUUUUUUUUAUUGUUUGUAUAUAAGCAUUUUUAUUCUGUAAUGUUUCAGUAUUGUUGUAUUCAUUUUUUUACGCAAACAAUAAAUGUACAAUCAAGAACGUAGACUGUUUUUUUCUCACCAUAAAAAAAAAAAUCAAGGAUGAAAGAAACUUUGUUUGAUCGUAUGUAUAAAUCUUUUAUUUAUUUUAUUCCAAAGCAUGAACAUAAAAAAGGAAUACUUGAUAAGGCAGUUGUACACCAGUUUGGUUUGUAGAGUGUGUUCGCAGAGAGACAGGUCUGAGUGAAAGCAGCCUUGAGAACGAUCG